AUGAAGUUCAGUGGGCAUGCGGGGUCAUUCCCCAUUUUGCAUUUCUUGUCGAACUUCAGCAAAGUGCAUUCCUCCAGCAUGCUCCUGGGCGAGGACAUGAUGACACAGAUUGCAACCAUGGACUUCAAGUCAUCCACGAACAUGUAUCCAAUGACCAGAGCCGCCAUCUGGUUGACCUUGUUGACAUGCCCGAAGAAUCAUGAGAGGGAUGGUUUUGCUCGGAACCUCAUUCGCUCAGACAUUGAGCGAUUGAGGCAGGCAGCAUGCCUGCCCAUGACAACCAAAGCGGAGCAAAUGCUCCAGGAUGCAUGGGGCAUCCAUCAAAGCAUCCAUGCAGGCCAAGGCAAGCACAUUGACGGCCAUCACGUGGACAAUUGCUUUGGCCGCCUGUGCAUAAGGACCAUCUUGCAUUUAUGCAACAAGGCGAAGACUGGCAGCAGGGAGUGCAAGGAGUUUGCAUCUUUGGAGGCCAUUGUCGAGGCAUUCUCGACAGAGCUCUACAAGGAUUCCCCUGCAUCGGGUGCAGAGGCAUCGAAGAGCGAUGAGAAGCCCAUGGUGGACGUUCUGUCGGCGAAGCCGCAUGUUGUGGCAUUGCUGCAGAAUGCCCACAUGACCAUGGGCGGCAGGUACACGAACAGCAAAGAACAUGGCUCCAUGGUUUUCAUCCUCCAGAGUGUCAGUGACGAUGGGGCAUGCAUGCGGCACACCCCAUUCUUCGGCGACAGCAUCGACAUCAGUGUCCCACUGGAGUCAUUGAAGAAGUGGAGGAGCACUAAAACACCCAUGCCGAAGCUUUGUGAUGUUACCAUGGUGACGACGUGCAUGCCCAAUGUUCAUCCCGCCUUUGUUGAGGAACAUCAGCGGGCCAUGGUGACAGUGGCAUUGCAUGCUGUGCACAAGAAGCAUUCGUCGACCAGUUCCCUUGCAUUCGGGCAGUUCCCCCCCAGCUUGAUGACCAUGGUCACAUGCAAGAAGAAAGCAGGCAUCAAGCUGACACCCAUGGGCAACAUUUCCAAGCAUAAAGCAGAAGGAGCUCCAAAGGGCACAGCCUUGGAGGCAUUUGGGUCUCAUUGGGUUGUUUCCCCACCGAAGCAGAACACAUUGUUCGAGGAUGAGAAGCAUCCGUUGGUGCCAUACUUUUGGGUGAGAGCAUGUGCAUCGGAUGCCCAGCCGAACAUGUCAUUUUCCACCAUCGUGCAGGAUGGGGUCACGGUGCCCAUGCUCUACAACGAGGAGCCCAUCGAGAAGCAUGAAGUGUUGCUCCACCCACGCAUGGAGGAGACCAUGCAGGAGCCGCCCAAGAAGAAGGCCAAGGCAAAGGCCAAGGCCAAUUGA